CGACAGCUUUCUCUAUCCCGAUCUUGCCCUGAAAUCGAAUUGACUCUUUGCAAAAUGGCUACUGAACAGAUUCCUGAAAAGGGCCUGGCUGGCGUGUGUGUGAAUGAGGGUCCAGAGUUCAAGGUCGAAGUGCAAGAGGUGGACAUUCCAGAGCCAAAGAGCGGCGAGCUUCUGAUUCGUCUCAAUUGCACAGGGCUCUGCAUGAGCGAUGUCCACUUCAUGAUGAAUGACUGGGCGGUUCCACCGAUGUCACAGCUUGGAACAAAGUGUGCAGGACAUGAGGGAGCCGGAGUUGUUGUCAAGCUAGGUCCGAACGUCCAAGGCUGGGAAGUAGGUGACCGUGCUGGUAUUAAGCCUCUGUGGGACGUCUGCCAUAACUGCGAGCAUUGCUGGAAUGGCCGAGAAAACUACUGCCAGAAAGGAGUCUACACAGGACUGGUCGCCGAAGGAACCUACCGCCAAUACCUCGUCUCUCCAGCGAUUUACACGAGCAGGAUCCCGGAAGGUGUUCCAGACGAAGUUGCUGGUCCGAUUAUGUGCUCGGCCAGUACGAUGCACCGAGCGCUCGUCGAUUCCGGGUUGAAAGCAGGCGACUUCGUUGUCUUCCCUGGAGGAGGUGGCGGUGUUGGUAUUCAGGGCGUCCAGCUUGCAAAGGCCAUGGGUAUGCGUCCGAUCGUCAUUGACAGUGGAGAAGCCAAAUCAAAGUUGUCGAAAGAGCUUGGAGCGGAGGAGUUUGUUGAUUUCAAAGAGCAUGCGGAUGUUGCAGCCAGAGUGAAGGAAGUCGCUGGCGGAGUCGGUGCUCACGGCGUCCUGGUGACAGCAUACCAAGCAUACAAGGAUUCCUUCUCAUACCUGGGAGAUCGCAUCGGAGGCAAGAUCAUGUGCAUUGCGUUACCACCUGCUGGUACUGUCAACAUGGGGACGGAUCCCAACUUCCUUGUCUUCAAGAACGUGUCGGUCAUCGGAACACUCGUGGGUACGAUGCAGGACACAGCCGCAGCGCUGGAGUACGCCCGCCGUGGACUGCUGAAGGGAAUUGCGGAGGUUCGAGGCGUGUCUCGGUUUGAUGAAAGUGUGCAAGCGCUGCGACGCGGCGAGGUGGCCGGCCGCAUUGUCAUUGACUUCAACAAGAAGUAGUCACAGACCGGCGUUGUGUCCGGGUUGUUGUCAUAUUUGUAGUAUGAUGUACGCGUUUUCUGAUCAGUAAACAGC